AUUGAUUAGACUUCCAAAUUUCAAACUCUGAGUUUGGCGGAUGGGUCGAGUUUUAAUUACGAUGUGUUCAAAGAGUUAUACGGCUUUCGGCUGUUCAUCAUACCAUCAAAUGGUCAUCCAAAUCGAAUUUAAAUCCCUGCUUCGCUUUGAGUGCUGCGUUGUUAAAGCGAUUAUCACGAUUUAUUUAACAAAGUUAUGUUUGAAAAUGUCGAUACGCUAUCGAGACUGAGUGCUUUGACACGCUAUCUGUCUCGGCGCACUACAGGUGCUGCAAUCACCUCCUCUGGGCCAACGCCACUCCAUAUCUUAUCUAUUAAGAGCGUUUUUACAAAUCAGGAAGGCAUAUAUUGUGGUCGGCCCGGUCAUUUUGGUCUGUGGCCGUUGGACAUUGUCGGGCGACUGUCGGUCACUUGUUCAGUCCGGUGACGGGUGCAGAGAUGGAGCACAACUCAGAGGCCGGCGGCCAGUCAGAGGCGCCCGGAGGGCUCUCCCCCAACUACAACAACUCACUGGGCCGGCCGUCCCUCUACGACACCUAUUACCUGCGCACCUACCAAAACUACCUGAGCGGCGACCGACUGCCGAGCGAGAACCACUUCCGUAACAUCGGCUCGGUGGCCGAUCACCAGCUGAGGCCCACGCUCGAGCAGAUCCGAGAGGGAGACUUUAUCAAAAAGGAUGCGGGCGAUGCGGAGGCAGACGCCGACCAGACCGAGCUCAAGGGAAAAGUCAUCAAGUUCGGAUGGAUCGAAGGAGUAUAUAUGCGGUGCUUGCUCAACAUCUGGGGCGUGAUGCUGUUCCUGCGUCUGACCUGGGUGGUGGGUGAGGCUGGAAUCGUGGAGGCUCUGGCCAUCAUCUGCGCUGCGAACAUGGUGACCGUCAUCACCACCAUCUCCAUGUCUGCCGUGGCCACUAACGGACAGAUUAAAGGAGGCGGUAUUUACUACAUGAUCUCCCGCUCUCUGGGUCCCGAGUUCGGCGCCUCGAUCGGCCUGCUGUUCACCGUCUCCAACUCAGUGGCUGUGGCCAUGUACGUCGUCGGCUUCUGUUCGUCGUUCAGCGACAUGCUGCGGGAGUACGCCGGCGAGGACGCCAUGAUCGUCGACGGCGGUGUCAACGACGCUCGUAUCAUCGGAUCGGUGGCCAUGGUUCUGAUCCUGGCUCUGGCCAUUGUCGGCAUGGACUGGGUGACCAGGGUCCAGCUACUGCUGCUCUUCCUGCUGAUUGCCUCCCAAGUGGACUUUGUCGUCGGCUGCUUCAUGGGACCGCAAGACGACACCGAGAAAGCUCAGGGCUUCGAGGGCCUCAGCUUCGACCUGCUGAAAGAGAACGCCUGGAACGACUACCGGCCGUUCGAGGGCAUCGACUACAACUUCUUCAGCGUGUUCGGCGUCUUCUUCCCGGCUGUGACUGGCAUCGUGGCUGGCGCUAAUCUCUCCGGAGACUUGAAGGAUCCGGCGGAGGCCAUCCCCAAAGGAACGCUGCUGGCCAUCUUGACCACCUUCUGCACCUACAUCGUCUACCCGAUCAUGAUCGCGGCGGCGGCCAAGCGCUACGCCUCCGGCGACAUCCGUGAGCUGAACGUCACCGACCCGAACGGCGAGAUGAGCAUGGACGGCAAAAACGAAACGCUCUACCCCGUGUACAACUGCACCGGGCGUAUCGACGACUGCGACUAUGGCACGCAGAUCAGCAGUCAGGUGAUGGGCCUCCUCUCUGCCUGGGCGCCUCUGAUCUACGCCGGCUGCUUUGCCGCCACUCUAUCGUCUGCCAUCGCCUCGCUGGUCGGAGCGCCGCGCGUCCUGCAGGCUCUGGCCAAGGACAAGCUGUACCCGUACAUCCACUUCUUCGCCAAGGGCUACGGCGCCAACCAGGACCCGUUCCGCGGCUAUGUCAUCGUCUUCAUCGUGGCCGAGUGCUGCGUGCUGAUCGGCCAGCUGAACCCGAUCGCUAACCUCAGCUCGGAGGUGUUCCUGGCCGCCUACGCGCUCAUCAACCUCUCCUGCUUCCACGCCUCGCUGCUGAAGAGCCCUGGCUGGCGACCUGUGUUCAAGUACUACAACGCCUGGGUGUCGCUGCUCGGCGCCAUCAUCUGCAUGGUGGUGAUGUUCCUCUGCGACGCCAUCAUCGGCACCGUGGUGCUGGUCAUCACGCUGCUGCUCUACCUGUUCGUCUCGUACCGAAAACUGGACGUCAACUGGGGCUCCACCACGCAGGCGCAGACCUACGUGACGGCGCUGGGCUUCAUGCAGCGUCUGAACCAGGUGCGCGAUCACGUGAAGAACUACCGGCCGCAGGUUCUGGUGCUGUCCGGUAUGCCGGGCGACCGUCCGCCGCUGGUCGACUUCGCCAACGCACUCACCAAGAACCUGUCGCUGCUCAUCUGCGGACACGUCGUCAAGGGCCCGAUCACACCGCGUGCCAAGAGCGCCAUCCAGAACCAGGCUAACGCGUGGCUGCAGCGGCACAAGGUGCGCGCCUUCUACAGCGUCAUCGAGGACCAGAGCUACGAGCACGGCGCCGUGGCGCUAAUGCAGCUGGCCGGCCUCGGCAACCUGAAGCCCAACAUGACGCUGAUGGGAUACAAGAACGACUGGCGUACCUGUCCCCGGGAUGAGGUGCAGCAGUACUUCUCCUGCGUCAACGAGGCUCUGGACAACUACCUGGCCGUGGCGAUCCUGCGCGUCAAGAAUGGACUCGACUUCAGCGCCGAGAUGGGCGAGGACCCGAAUUCGCCGCUGCACAAGUCCAAUACGAGCACCUCACUCAAGGGUGAUGGAGCUAACGGCAGUGACGAGGGCAGUGACGAGCCCAACGACCGGUCGGCCACCAGCGGGGACGCCACGCCGCGCGUCACAACCGUCGACGGCAAGAAGAAGAACGGCGAGGAGCUGUACGUGAGCCGAACCGGCGAGCCGCUGCCAGCCCAGGUGGUGGAAAACCUCACCCAGUUCCGCAGCAAACAGAAGGGCUUCAUCGACGUCUGGUGGCUGUACGAUGACGGAGGUCUGACGCUGCUGCUGCCGUACAUCCUGACGUCACGCUCACAGUGGGCCGACUGCAAGCUGCGUGUGUUCGCCCUGGCCAACAAGCGUGGUGAAUUGGACACAGAGAAACGCAGCAUGGCGGCGCUGCUCUCCAAGUUCCGUAUCGACUACAGUGACGUCAUUGUCAUCGAUGACGUCACCAAGAAGGCGGAGCAGUCGACCCGGGACACGUUCAAUGAGAUGAUCGCCCCCUUCAAGAAGGACGACGAGUCGGACAUUCCAGACGAGAUCUCCGUGACGGACAGCGAGCUGUUGGCGAACAAGGAUAAGACGAACCGCCACCUGCGGCUGCACGAGCUGGUGCAGCAGCACAGUAAAGACUCGUCGCUGGUCGUCAUGACGCUGCCCAUGACCCGGAAGGGCACCGUGCACGCUCCGCUCUACAUGGCGUGGCUGGAGAUGAUGACCAAGGACAUGCCGCCGUUCCUGAUGAUCCGAGGAAACCAGACCUCGGUGCUGACCUUCUACUCGUAGUGCGCGGCCUCUGGGAUGGACUGGUGGGCGGGGUAGGGGGAUCGGCGGCGCGCCGGGAGCUGCUGACGGGGCCGGUCGGCCCGGCGGGGGCCAGCGCGGGCCAGUCAGGCCCAGUGGGGCCACAUUGUGAACGUGUGUGGGGAAAACAGUGAGUCUAGUUCAGUGGCCGGGACGGCGCCGGGCUAGGCAUGUUUCAGUUCCUUGCUCAAAUCCGACAUUGUGUGCCUUAGUAGUGUGCGUGAAAAGACAGCCUUUCGCCAUGACAUCGUGUCUUGUUCCGAAGUUUUAAGAUCGAUUUGUAGAUGGUUGUUUGUUUAGGGAUUUCCGGGCGGUGACUGCGUGGAAUCGUGGAGAGCAAGCUGUGAUUGAUAUCUUUUGGAGUAUUUCAUAUGUAUUAGCGGUAUCGUUUUUCACAAAGUUCGGAUUCCAUAUCGGUUUUAAGUGCCGUUCGUACGAUUGUUUACCCCAGAAAGACUUUAAUUGUGGGCUGAUUGAGCAUAAAUAUCACGUCUUCCAGCCGUUGAAUCGUUUGUAUGUGCCUCCAACAACGAGAUAUGUUAAUACAUCAGUUUUAUGA